UUAAUCAAAUCACCAAAUAUUCAAAUCACUUUUUUUCAUAAUCAGAGUGCUGACAAACCAAUAUAUAUAAAUAUAUAUAUAUAUAUAUAUAUAUUUUCAGCCUACGUGCAUCUGUUCAAACUUUGCUUUUCUCCAUCUGCAGGCCCUCCAGUAUUCAACUACACUUUCACGACGUUUGACUGCCCUGAAAAUAUCCCAUUCUUUCUUUGUAAUUUCACGUUGGUUUUUUCCUGUUGGAUUUUCUGAAAACAUGAAAUCCCGACAGGGUUUCUGACAAAUCCGAAUAUCGAAGAGUAACAGCAGAGCAAGGAGAGGAUUUGGCUGAGCUGAUCAUGUCAGAAGACGAGAUCGAUCAUCAUUCCUCGUUUCGUGUCCUGUGGCUCAGCUUCUUGAUCCUAGUUACAGGGAGGCUUGUGAUUGGAGAAUCACUGGAGACAGACAGGGAAAUACUGCUGCAGCUUAAGUCAUUUCUGCAGAGUGAAAAUCCUGUUGUUGUUAAUCAGGGGAAGUACAUCAACUGGAACUCGAAUGACCUGUCGCCAUGCAACUGGCCUGGAAUUUUCUGCGACAACGCGACGAAUCGUGUGACGGGAAUCGAUCUUUCAGACUGCAACAUAUCUGGGACUGUCUUCGUGAACUUGUCGGCUUUGACAGCGUUGUCUUACCUUGACCUGUCGGGGAACACCAUUGGAGGAGUUAUCCCGGAGGAUUUAGGCCGGUGCCAGAACCUGAAAUUCUUGAACUUGUCCCACAAUAUAAUUGACGGGGAGCUGAACCUGACAGCGCUCAGGAAUUUGGAGAUUCUUGAUCUGUCCCUGAACAGAAUCCAGGCCGAUAUCCGACUAACUGUGCCUGAAGAUUGCAGCAAUUUGGUGGUAGCAAAUAUUUCUAACAACAAUUUCACUGGUAAGGUGGGUGGUGUCUUUGAAAAAUGCUGGAAUCUGAAGUAUCUUGAUCUCAGCACGAAUAAUUUGGUGGGAGAUAUAUGGCCUGGAUUCGAUAAAAUACAGGAAGUUUCGUUGUCUGACAAUGGAUUCUCCGGCACUGUUCCCACAUGGAUUUUCACUCAGACUUGCAGCUUACGGGCCCUGGAUUUGUCCGAAAAUGAGUUCUUUGGAGAAUUUCCGGCAGAAAUUUCUAACUGUAAAGAUUUGGAGGUGUUAACGUUAUGGGGCAACAGGUUUACAGGGCUAAUUCCUGAAGAGAUAGGAUCACUGCCUAAUAUUCAAGAACUUUACUUGGGGAAGAACAACUUUUCAAGAGAGAUUCCAGAGUCUCUAGUAGGCCUCAGAAACUUGAAGUUUCUGGAUUUAAGCAGCAAUCACUUUGGAGGGGAUAUACAAGGCAUCUUUGGACGAUUAAAGCAGGUGAGGUUUCUUCUAUUGCAUAGAAACUCAUACACUGGGGGGAUAGAUACGUCCGGAGUUCUCAAACUGCCCAACAUUGCUCGGUUGGACUUGAGCUACAACAAUUUCUCUGGUCCAUUGCCAGUUGAAAUCUCGCAAAUGGCAAGCUUAAAGUUCUUGGUUCUUGCCUACAAUCAGUUUACUGGAAGUAUACCGCCCGAGUACGGAAAUAUGACGGGACUCCAGGCACUUGAUCUUUCCUUCAAUUACUUAAACGGUUCUAUUCCUCCGAGCUUGGGAAAUUUGAGAUCACUUCUGUGGUUGAUGCUCGCAAACAACUCACUUAUAGGUGCAAUCCCACCAGAACUAGGAAACUGCAACAGCUUGUUAUGGUUGAAUCUCGCAAACAACCAACUUUCAGGUCCAAUCCCUCCUCAAUUGAUGAGGAUUGGUGCUAAUGUUACACCGACGUUUAUGCUCAACAGGGCAAAUCAUAUGCCUGCUGGCUCAGGGGAAUGCUUGGCUAUGAUGAGGUGGAUACCGGCAGAUUAUCCUCCGUUUAGCUUUGUAUACAAACUCCUUACAAGAAAGAGCUGCAGAAGCCUAUGGGAAAAGAUUCUCAAAGGUUAUGGUCUGUUUUCACUUUGUUUGCCAGGUACGAAUAUCCGGACAACUCAGAUAUCAGGUUAUGUCCAACUUAGUGGCAACCAGUUGUCUGGUGAGAUCCCUGUCGGAAUCGGCGACAUGCUUAAUUUCAGUAUGAUUCACUUGGGAAACAAUCAGUUCACAGGCAAACUUCCCUCGGACAUAGAGAAGUUGCCUUUAGUAGUCCUCAACGUUUCUCGCAACAUGUUUUCUGGUGAGAUCCCAGUGCAGAUUGGCGACCUCAAGUGCUUACAAAAUCUGGACUUGUCGUACAACAAUUUCUCCGGUGCGGUUCCCAUGAGCUUGAACAGCUUGGGAGAUUUGAGCAAGUUCAACAUAUCCUACAACCCGUACAUAUCCGGUGUUAUCCCACCAACUGGUCAGUUGGCAACAUUUGAGAAAUGGUCGUUCUUGGGCGACCCACUUCUACGACUUCCUCCAUUCAUGAAUAACACAACGAACGACAUGCAGCCGAAAGAGAAUGUAAGGGGCAAUAAUGCCAGAGGAAUGGGCACAUUUCUAGUGGUUUUGGUCUUGAUUCUUGCCUUCUUAGUCUGUGGACUCAUGACCCUCAUAGUUUGCCUCCUUGUGAAGAGCCCAAUAGACUCUCCGGGAUAUCUGUUAGAGAGUUCAAAGAAUCAUCUUGAAUUUGCAUCAAGCUCAGGAUCAUCAUCACCAUGGUUGUCUAACACGAUAAAGGUUAUCCGUCUGGACAAAACAGCCUUCACACAUUCUGACAUCUUGAAGGCCACUAGGAGCUUCUCAGAUGAUAGAAUUAUCGGCAGGGGAGGAUCUGGAACCGUUUAUAGAGGACUUUUGCCUGACGGCAGAGAAGUGGCAGUGAAGAAACUGCAGACAGAAGGUAUAGAGGGGGAAAGAGAAUUCAAAGCUGAAAUGGAAGUUUUGAGUCGGAGUGGCUUCGGCUGGCCUCAUCCAAACCUUGUCACACUCUAUGGGUGGUGCCUAAACGGAUCAGAGAAGUUGCUCGUAUACGAGUACAUGGAAGGAGGGAGCCUGGAGGAUCUAAUUACUGACCGAAUAAGCUUCAACUGGAGGAGACGCUUAGAGGUUGCAAUAGACGUAGCACGUGCUUUAGUCUUUCUGCACCACGAAUGCUACCCUAGUAUAGUACACAGAGACGUCAAGGCCAGUAAUGUGCUUCUUGACAAGAAUGGCAAGGCCCGGGUGACGGAUUUUGGGCUAGCACGAGUGGUGGAUGCUGGAGGUAGUCAUGUGAGCACGAUGGUGGCUGGGACAGUCGGCUAUGUUGCACCAGAAUACGGGCAGACAUGGCAAGCCACGACUAAGGGGGACGUGUAUAGCUACGGAGUGUUGGCAAUGGAGCUGGCCACAGGGAGACGGGCUGUGGAUGGAGGGGAAGAAUGUCUAGUCGAAUGGGCCAAACGGGUGAUGGGAGACGGGAAAGUAGGAUUGAAAAGAGCAACAAUACCAGUGGCUCUCUUGGUAUCUGGCCUAGCAGAAGGGGCAGAGAAGAUGAGUGAAUUGCUCCGGCUAGGGAUAUGGUGCACGGCUGAGAGCCCUCAUUUUAGGCCAAAUAUGAAGGAGGUUUUAGCUAUGUUGUUCAGGAUUUCUUGUGGCGAAAAGGGUUCUACAGUUGGCUCUUUUCUUCCAUCAGAAUGAUGUGAUCGACUUGGGAUUAUGUCAAGAACUUCUACAGGAAACUUCAAUAUGUAUAGACUUCCUUGCCAUGAUUCUUUCUGUAAUUAUAUACACAUUCUUAGAGAAAACAAGAGCAGUUUUGUUGAUAAAAUUUCUUGCUAGAAUGUACAAUGUUUCGCAUAGAGAUCAUUCUUCAGUUCUGACGUACUCCAGAACUGAUCAUCAAUACCAUUUGAAUUGAAUAAAGAAGUAUUCUGUUCCAACAAAAAUUUUGUGUCA